AUGAGCGACCCCUUCUCCGCGGCCGCCAGCGCCAUAGGCGUCAUCUCCCUCGGCAUCCAAGUAGCCCAACAACUCAUCACCUUCUGCCAAGCCUACCAAAGCUACGACGAAGACAUCCAGCGGAUCGCAGCCAAAGCCGCGAGUCUGCGACGCCCGCUGCACGCCCUCCGCGAAAUCAUCCAGGACGCACAGUCGUCCAACCCUGAGUUGGCAGAUGAUUUGGCGGAGAAGGCGCUGGGCCUGCAGCGCAUGGUGAAUCGGUUGAAGGCUGCGAUGGGGGCGGACAUGCCGGGCCCGCCUUUGGCGGAGAGGUUGGUGUCGGAGAGGCUGAGGGGUCACUUGAAGAGGGUGGUGUAUCCGUUUCGGAAGGAUGCAUUGAAGGAUAUGUGGGGGGGACUUGGAGGGGAUUCAGAAUGCGUUGCAGAUGACGUUGAGCUUACAUUCGACGCACAGGAUGAUGAGGUUGGGGUCGAUUCAGCAGACCAUCCUGGACGAGGUGCAGCAGAUUGUACUAUCCAGCGCAUCACUCUCCAAGAUUAUCCCCAGGGUAUGCCGCCUCCAAGUCUAUUGAGGUCCUGGUGCGAGAACCAGAGUCAGAGUCAGAGAUCCUGCGACACCAUGUCAAUCACGCAACGCCAGAGCAACACCUACGUAGAGAGCAUCACAGAGACAUAUACAGAUGACGACGCAGGCACAUACGAAGGAUACGAGACCGAGACGCCGGUCACAGACGAAAGUGUGACAAAUCGCAGUGUCGUCACGAGAUCACACGCGAGCUCUGGCCGCGAUGUAUAUCCCAGCAAGUUCAAGGCUCGACACAGAGUCGAGACAACCGAGAGAUCCUUCAAAUUCCUCAGCGGACUUCUUCGAGUCGCUAUUACGGCUUCUUUUUCACUUUCAAAGGGCGCGGGUGGAUACUCAAUCGCUCCUUCGUUGAGUGUACAGGCAGUAAUAAGAUAUAAUGGCAGUGCUCUUCAAACAUUAUAUGCUAAACUCAACAAUAUGACCAAAUCCACUUUCGAAGAAGUGGUGGAUGAUUGCAUCUACGAGGUUCGACAGGCAUUUUCCAGGGGUAAAGCGCGACCCACGGAUGUGUUCUACUUGGACUAUUGGAAUCCCGAUUACAGUACGAUUUCUUUCGUGGACUGUCUUGUUCAAUUCGAUUUGCCAAUUUCACGGUCUCACUUUCCGGCUCUGGAAAGGCUCACAAAAUCUCUCGUUGAUAUGGGGUCUAUUCCGCAAAACAACUUUCACCAAGGAGCUUUGAGAGAUCUUUUCCGUGCUCAGCGAUUUCGACAAGAACAAUAUCGCCUGGCAUCCUAUCUUGUUGAUCAUGGCGGGCCCUGUGCGCUCAGCCAUGGCUUAUUGAAUCACAUUGAAAGGUAUAACGUGAAGUAUGUCCUCACCAGGAGCAAGGAAAUCCUACUUGUUCCAGAAACUGCAAGAAUCCUGUUCCAGGAAUCCGAACAAGAGCUCAUUGCCGGCUUACAGUCCGGGAGUAUCGAUCCGAAUGAGACACUAUGUGGUGCUACGUCACUCCAAAUGGCGUUUGGGUGGCCAAGAGGGAUCCAGAGACUACUGGAAGCAGGAGCUAAAGUAGGAACAAGCACUUUGGCCUCAUUCUGGGGAUGUCCCAGCCCCCUGGAAGAGUCCGAUCUCGAAUACAAUGCAUUCUUACAGUCCACAAAACUCAUUGUCGAGGCAGGCUGUGGGCUGAGGGUGUCGAGCUUGCCAAUGCAUAGCGCUAGCUCGGAGUUACGGUUAUUCUUCAUCGAUGUUCUCGCCCGUCGGAGAAAAAGUCUGAGCAAGAUCGCUCGGGCCUGUCUAUCACAAGAUAUCUUGCAAGCGUUGAAUAUCCGCGAAGACGCAGUGCUAGAUCUGCAGGCCGCGAAGGUAUGUGAGAUUGCGGCCGCCAGAGGCAAGUCAAUUGAUUGGGCGCUUUGGGUCGAGCCGAGAGACGCAAAUGUUUACUACACCCACAAUAUGCGCCCUGAAGUCAUGGAAGACCUUCUAGGCGCCGGAUUCGAGGACUUUGACUCGCCAAAUUCGGAAGGUGUUACUCCCUUGAUGAAGACCUACGAGUCCUUCUUUUCCGGUUGGGAGGCCGUCGAACGAAUGGCCUGGUUUGGGUCGAAAGGGGCCGAUCAAAGUUGUCAGCUCCCUUCAUCUUGUGCUCAAGCUGCUCAUCUACUGACAGUGCAGGUCAUCGGAUUUCUACUUGCGGCACUGGAACUCCAAGAACCGGAAACCGUUGAGUCUCGUUGGUCAUCCCUCGUGGAGGUCAUCUCUCAACAUAAGACCGAUCUAUUCCCAUGUCAAUUGAUUGAAGAUAAAUGUACAUGCGCUUGCAGUGCUCAGGGUUGCACCAUUGUGUCUGUUGCCAUGAGACAGGUGGUGCGGUGGUCUCACUGGAAGCAGAUGGCCAGGCCCUCGUAUUGGCUUAAGCGCCUGAUGGCUUGCAUUCUCGAUUGGACACAGCGAAGCUCAUGGGCUGAAAUGGCGAUCAUCCGAUCCCUGACAUUUGACGCAGUCGGCCUCAAACACACGUGUUGUAUUGAAAUCGACGGCGUGCACAGAGCUUCGAGCAGGAAAGACGCGCACCAAAUGGUGGGCCGAGAUCAACAGGAAAUUUCGGAAAUCAGGGAGGAAAACUCAUAUGAACUUGACCUAUUCAACCAACUGAUCGCUGAUCUUGAGCGAAAAUUCUAUGAGCUUGAGCUUCCUUUCAUGGAGUUUGUUCAGGAGUGCUGGUAUCCCCAGGUUCUUGAGUAUUUACGCUCCUUGGAGGCGUAUAGCGAGGCGCACGACCGAGCAACGAGAGAGAUUGGUGUGAUUCUACAACCAGUAGAGGAACCUGACUUGGACCGGAUCUCACUUUCACUCGGUCGUUCAACGACCCUUUGGGACAUUUGA